AUGCUCGACUUCCAGAUCACGAUAUCCUCCGUACGUACUCUCGAUUAUGUUGCCCUGAUCCGCCUUUUCCGCCCUUGUGCUCUGCGACCGCACCUCCGACACACUCCGCGAGUCGCGCGCCCUGCUUACUCGUGUAAUACCAUAGUCACCUACGAGGAUAUCAAGGCGCUCAAACAUGACUGGCUAACAGACAAUAACAUUGCCUUUUGGGAAGAAUGGCUGGAGCGUGAAAUCCUCCCCAAGUACCCGCAAGCCCGUAUCUGCCUUCUGCGGCCGUCGAUGACCUUCCUCCUCAUGAAGGAACCCGACAUGCGCCAGAUCCGCUCGGCCCUCCCCGACUUCUCCAAAACGACGCACAUCUUCCUGCCCAUUAACGAUGCCCGCAAUGUGGCCCAGGCUGAGGGCGGCUCUCACUGGUCCCUUUUGCUCGUCAGCGCCAUCGACGGCGUCGCUUUCCACUACGAUUCACUCGGUGGCGCAAACUAUUCGGAGGGCCGCCUGGCGACCCAGAAGAUGUCCGAGAUCCUCGGUCGCCCGCUCCGGUACCUUAACUUGGAAGACUCCCCGCAGCAGGAGAACGGUAGCGACUGCGGCGUCUUUGUUUGCAUCCUCAUGCGCCAUCUCCUCAUCAAGCGCCUGCUUAGCGCAAACGCCCGCGAAAAGGUCAGCAUGAGCAUGGCCAACAAGCUUAUCGACAGCCACGGCGGACGGAAAGAGAUGCUCAAGAUAAUCGAGAGCUUACGGAAGGAGGGCGAGAGGAGGAGAUCGUAA